GGAUAUUCCAUCAGAUCCGACUCAAACCUCUUGGUUCACUAGUGUACUGAAAAGACAUCCGUGGGCAUAAUAAGCCAACCUGUCGGUAGUUGGAGGCUGAAUACACUAGUUUCGACCCUAUUAUCCUCCCCUUACCGAGACCUACCUCAUUACCCAUGGCUACUUCUUCGAUUCCCGGAUCCUACCCCAUUGACGACUCGCUGCCGCCAACUCCGGCCGAAACCCUGCAGCAACCGGCUCCGCCAGAGCAGCACCACCGCCAGCCCAACAAGCUACACAAGCCCAAUGAUCCUCGCGGGCACAAGUACGCCGAUUCCGGUGUUGGUCUGACAGAUUCGGCGCCCAUCUAUUCCUCCGGGCCGGACGAGCAUGCACGAAAUAGCCCCAAAGAAGAUGUGGGUCAAGGUGAUCGCAUCAGGGAUCACAUCGAGCCGGCUGAACCUAUCAAAUCGGAGCCGUCAGAGCCUAUCAACCCAGAGUCGAGAGAGGUUCCACCAUCGCAAGACACUGGGAGAGAGGUGCACACCGCUGCAACGCGGGACAACGAGCAAACUCUCGGAACGGAGAACUCCUCUGGAGAUUCCAGGAUCGAGCACUCGGGCGGAAACCGCCAACAUCGCAACUCUGCUCCCUACUGGGGAGACCUUCCCACGGGCGGAGGUGGCGGUAUUUACAAUUCUGUAACAGGCCAUGGAAGUGCCAAAGACGACAGUGCCGAGCACAAUCACCCGCGUAAACGGUCAGCAUCCGAGAGGUCCCACAUCAGUACUCCAAUCGCUGAACACCCAAGGGGUGGCGUCUACAACACCGUGACUGGCCACGGGAGCCAGGAUGACGAGAGCAAGAGACACAGGCAACCCCAAAACACUGACACACGAGAUUCUGAUGCCACUGGCCACACGCGUGGUUUGUUUGCUGCCCCUGUCCGGCUGGCAGACAUCCCGGAGCAGACACAGAAGAAGCCUUCCGAGCCGACCACACCACGGCAACAAGGUCAAAAAGAACUUGUCCCCGGGAUUGUUCCGGAGACCACUGUCAGGGAUGACGUGCGGCUGGCCGAAUCUGCAUCGCGCGGGGACGCGGCCAGAUCUCCGCAUCGGGCGUUUCCCCUGGCGGCUGCCAAUACAGAGACGAAGUCUGGCGACCGGAACCGUUCAGGAGCACGGGAGUCCUAUGGGCCUGUUGCAGGAGCCUCCGGUCUCGUGGUCGGAUCUGCCGUCACGGGCUUUGGGGGACAAGAUUCAGGAACACGCCAGAUUGAUCAAGCCAAGCGACAGCCCGGAAUCCCCAAGGGGGGCAAUGGGGAGCACAUCACAGGCGCAGCCGUUUCUCACAAGCAUGAGAAUGAGAAGCAGACAUCACCUGUCCAAAAGACGAGAAGCCAUGAAGAUCAUCCGACUAAGGGCGAGAAGAAGCAUAAGAUUCUUGGCAUAUUCCAUCGGCAUAAAGAUUCCAGUCGUAGAGAUGACACCUCAACUUCGGAACCCCGAAGAAAGUCGACUGGCGACCGCGGGGAAUUGUCGAAGGAACAGCGAACGACGCGCAGUGCAAAUAUGGGUAACUCACCCAGCCGCCUUCGCAAGCUGAGCAAGACUAGGGAGGCUACGGAAACCAGGAGGUCGUCCGAGCUACCUGGACGCGAUACUCACACUCGGCCUGGUAACGACAAUGGCAAGGGCAAGUAUGCAGUUGGGGCGGCAGCUGGGACGGCAGCUGGAGCUGGCGUUCUUGGCCUCCACCGCCAUGAGAAGGACGAGACCGCCCGGGGUGGAAAUACAGAAAGGCCUAGCGGCGCUGUGCCCGCCGGAGAAGCCGAACACCAAUUCGAGGAGGUCUCAACUCCUUUCGAGCACCCGAGAGAGCCACCUCCGGUCCCCCCAACGUCCGGAGCCAAAUUCAGCCAAGAAACAGUCACACAAGAGCCCGGACACUACAAUACCCUUGAUUCCGGCACAGCAUCCGGUGUUUCCCGCAGCCCGCGUAACGCCUCGCCCGGAAGUGUGGGAGAAGGCGCAGUGUCAAAGGGCGAAAAUGACUCUACACGCUACAACCAUCUACCGUCCGGCACGCCCUCUGGCGUCAAAGUGCAGCCCGGGAAAUCACAACACCAUCAUGAUACUAAUGGGGCCGUCACCCAUCACACUCAAGACCAGGCUGAUGUUAGCAACAACACCAGGGCGCAGCACGGGCUGUUCGUCGCGCCAAUGCCCUCUUCGCAUCAUCACCGCAGCGAGGCGAUCAACAUGAGCCCGAAUACUAAGAUCAUGGGAUCUCAGGAACACCCCAUGCAGCACCAGAUGAGCCCCGAAGUGAUGCCCGCGGCAUACACAGCCUCAGCACCACGCAGUCGCGAGGAAACGCAAGAUAUUAACUCCGAGCCGGCUGAGCAUCACAUGAGCCCCGAGGUGAUGCCCUCUGCCUAUACCGCCCAGACACAUGCGCCGCGUGGUCAGACCCAAUCCCACCGGACUCAAAGUGGCAUGCUGCCUACUACUACUACCAGCACCAGUACCAACGGAAAAGUUGGCGCACCGCCUGUGCUACCGCCUCUUCAAGGACUAGGGCAGAACAACUUUCAAUCAGGCAAUUCAUCAUCCCUUGGCAGGGAUCCCGCUCUAGCAGCGGCCACGGCUUCAUGGGGAACAACGACUGGUUCUUCCGUUGGUGGCGAUACGGGAGCUGGACAAAAGGUGGUGCAUAAAUGUGUGCACUGUGGAAGGGAAAAUGAUAUCAGCGGGUAUUUGACUCGGGGAGGUUGACUUGGAGGCACUAGUAUUGGGACUCAGCGCGCGUAAGGUGAUUGGAUUCGAAGCAGGCUAUGGAUCGAACUUGUUAAAUGCAGGAGAGGGCAGGCAACAUGAGCCGUGUGGUGUGUUUCGUUUUCUACGAAGGCAACGUUUUCUAUGUGUGUUCCUAGCAAAGAUACGUAUCACUAGCAAUGAGGUUUGUUUACGAGCUCGUUUGUGGGCAUC